GCUAUGGCCACCACUUACGGAAAGCUGCCGGAGUUCUGCCCGGACUCAGGAAACAUCGACGUCUACCUAGAAAGGUUCGAACUAUUUGCGAAAGCAAAUGAAACAGACGACGAAAAGAAGCUUGAAGUCUUCCUGACCAUAAUUCGGCGGCCGAAAUCGCCCACCGAAGUAAAGUACGAAGACGCCAAGAAGGUGCUGCAACAGCACUACGUCCUGAAGCGGUCUGUGGUCACCGAGCGAUACCACUUCUACCGGCGUAACCAGGAGGCAAAUGAAACCAUCGCACAGUUUCUUGUGAAAUUGAAGAGGCUCGCCGCGACAUGCUCUUUCGGAAGUUUCCUCCAAGAAGCGCUACGGGACCACCUAAUUGCCGGACUACGCAGCGACACCAUCCGAUGCCGUCUUCUCGAGUUGCCCGACGACGCGGUCACCUGGAAAGGAGUGUGCAAGGUAGCCACCGCCAUGGAGGCUGCACAGAAGGACACCCAGGAUAUGCUGUGCGACAGCACCGGGGCCAGCAACGCUCAACUGCACUGGCAAGGAAGCCAAGGGAAGCCUAGCGCAACAAGCAAGAUAUGA